AUGCAACCGCUUCAUACGUUCACUUUCGCAUUGCUCCUUCCAACUCUAAUAGUGGGAUUGAAGCUCGCGCGACACCUCGACAAUCCUCUCUCACCUCGAAGUAUCGUCUACCUAUGCGGCCCAAACCCGGUUGACUGCGGCGGCGGUUAUUGUUGUGAUAUGUACGAAGUCUGCGCACCCCUUCCAAGCGGGUUAUAUCAGUGCCUCACACCUGGGCUCACUGUUACCAACGAUGAUGGAAGCACUAUCACAAUGACAGCCGAAGAUCCUCACUCAGAGAAUGUUUGGUGGAGCUCUCUGGCUGCGGAGGAGAGUUCUUGGGGAGAAACUGUUUCUUACGACAGCUACGCUGAGCUAACGACAGCCGGAGAGUCCAGCCCAACCGGUGGGUCGAAUUUAACAUCGUCUAGUCCAACAGUCACUUCUUUCCCGCCGACUGCAACAAGCACGGCACCUAUAAUUGUUCCAGCUUCCACAACGUUGAAAUCGUCCGGGAGUAGGAAAAUAGCAUCUUGGAGAGCUCGGUCUUUGGCACGACUAACAAAUGUAUGGCACUGGAAUUUUGGAAAGGAUGUAGCACAACAGAAAGCGGCGGAAAAAGAUUUCGAUGUAGAGCAGGAGACGUCGUCACACAGUAGUUAG